UGCAGUGCGCCUGCGCAACCACUGCCUGGCAGCAGCAGCAGCAGGCGUGCUGGUCGCUCCCUUGGCUGCAGCGGAAUCCUAAGCGAAGCGUGUUUUUCCAUUCCCUUUACAUGUAUUUUUGUACAUACAUGUAAAGUGUCAGAUGCGACGUAUUUGGCUAUGAUUUGUCAUUAUUCCAACCGGCAGAUCUUAUGAUAAUUGAAACGGCAGCAAAGGGGUGGUGGUUCCGUGAUGUACUUUAGUCGGGGAAGAACUGCUUUCUCGAGGUCCAGGUUGAGGCCUACUUGUUAAAGACCCCCCUCCUCCUCCUCCCCUCCUGAAUCUCAUCGUGAUGGCAGAAGAUCAACAACAACCUGGUCACCUACAGAAGCCUAUCUCGGGAAUAGGCUCUUUACCAUCUCUGGUUCCGGGACUGCAGGGGGCGGAGGCCAGUGCAUUGCAGCACAAAAUAAAAAACUCCAUCUGCAAAUCUGUACAAUCAAGAGUGGACAACAUAUUGCAAGAUGUGGAGAAGUUUACAGACAUUGAAAAACUCUACCUCUACCUUAAGCUGCCUUCUGGUCCCAGCAAUGCCACCGACAAAAGCGAUCAGAGCUCCAUGUCGUCCAGUCGGACGCAGCAGAUGCACGCGUUCAACUGGAUCCGCAAUCACCUAGAGGAGCACCCGGAGACCUCUCUCCCGAAGCAGGAGGUCUAUGACGAGUACAAGAGCUAUUGUGACAAUCUGGGCUACCAUCCGCUUAGUGCAGCAGACUUUGGGAAGAUCAUGAAAAACGUCUUCCCGAACAUGAAGGCACGUCGACUCGGCAUGAGAGGCAAAUCAAAGUAUUGCUACAGUGGAUUAAGGAAGAAGGCAUUUGUUCACAUGCCAUCUCUGCCCAACCUGGAUCUACAUAAAACAGGAGAUGGGUGUGAGGCGCUGGAGCCCUCGGGCCAGCUGCCCAGUGCGGAGGACGAGGUGCGCUCGGCAGCCUGCGGCCUCGUCUGCGAGUGGGCGCAGAAGGUGCUGAGCCGCCAGUUCGACUGCGUGGAGGACCUGGCUCGCUUCUUACUCAACAGCCACUAUAUCGGCACCAAGUCUGUUGCAGCCCUCACCGUGAUGACCGGAACUCCCAAAGGGGUGAAGACGCCGACGCCGGGCUCUGCGUUUGUGCCGACGGCAGAAGCCAACUCCUUCCAGCCCCAGGUGAAGACCCUGCCGUCCCCCUCCAUUGAUGCUAAACAGCAGCUACAGCGCAAGAUUCAGAAGAAGCAGCAGGAACAGAAGCUUCACUCCCCAUUGCCAGGCGACCCCCAGGCCACAUCCAGUGCAGGGGCUGGCAUCCCCUGUGGAAGCCCCGCCCUGCUCUCCCCGCAGCCCACCAUUGGCAUUGUGGUGGCUGCUGUACCGAGCCCAAUCACGGUACAGAGAAGCCGGCAGUUGAUGACCUCUCCCAGCCCUGUGGGCACUACGGAAGGCAAAGUACUGCCGGUCAACUUUCAAGUGGUCACCCAGUCGAUGCAGCCUGUCAAGCCGUCCCCCAAGACGCCACAGAACAUCUCCGCCAGUCCCGUGGGUGACCGCUCAGCCCGCCACCGCUACCCCCAGAUCCUGCCCAAGCCAUCGGCCACCAGCGCCAUCACCCUGCGCUCGCCUCCGACGCUGCUCAUAACCAACAGCCCCAUCAAGACCGUGAUGCCCACGCCGCACGUGGGUUCCGUCAACGUGGUAAAGAUGACGGCCAUAUCCUUGGCGCCUAGCAGCAGCAGCACCACGACCACCACGCUACGGUCAGCCUCUGCCGGUGUUUCGGAAGAGCACAGACCCAUCCCACAGGCCAGGAGUGGCUCUGCAGCCCCCCUAUUGGCCCCUGUAGCCAAGUCAGGGCACGCCGCUGCCUCCACCAUCGACAUCAAGAUGGAGCCUGAAGCCAUAACAGACAGCAACCAGGCCCUCGUUGCUGACAGGCUGCAUGCCACUCAGGAAGCCGCCAGUAGGCAGAAGGGCGAGGGAGGUGCUAAGCCCAGGGCCACCAGCGAAUCCACGCCCCACACCAAGGGCUCAUUGGGCCUCGAAGGAACGGCCGGGCCCAGCUGCGACGAGAAGUCCCCUUCCAACGACAGCACUGUGGCAGCUUCUGCUAGCAGCAAUAACAACAGUAACAAUAACGAAAGCACUUUGUACCUGACCAUCUCCAGUCAGAACACCAGCAUCGCUCUGUCGUCCAGUGGUAGAGCCACUGCUGCAGCGUCACCUAAGGAAAGCUGCCUGGGACCUAAAAGCCCGAGAAAACGAGCAGGCUUCAGUUUGGAGUCGCACACCAUGCCUGUCAAGAAAGUGUUCAUCUCUCAACAGCCGAUUGUAGGGAUUGAUAAUAGUCCCAAGCCUGGUAUUAAGAAAAUUUCUAGGGCAGGGACACCUGCUAAACCUGAAAGCGCACCAGCAAACACAGCAAGCAAAGUAACUGUGAAGCUGAACUCGACUGUACCAACUCGGAUCCUGGCACUCUCUGACUCCCCUGUCGGGAACACAAGUGGUUUCCAGACUGUCGUCAAACCCCAGACAUCCUCCCAGGUCAAAUCCGAAGGGACUCUGUCUGACAUGGACACCAGCAACAGCAGCAGCAGCAUUGUUUGUCAAAACACCUCCAACCCAACGUUACUGCAGCAUAUCACAAGCAGCCCGCAGGUUGUGUCCACUGGUCCAGACGUGCUUGAUGCCUCUGCGGUGAAUGACUUGAAGACCUCCAUGUGGGCGGAAGGGCAGCUGGAUGGCAUUCAGCAGCAGCAAGCGUACGUACAGCAGAUUCCAGACCAUAAGCAGAUCUCUACACCUGUGAUGGACCAGCUCCCCACGAUGGCCCAAGCUGCAGCAUCAAGCCAGCUGACCCUCCACCCUGACAUCAUCAACUUUGCAGGAACCCAGCCCAGUGUGGAUUACUUCCCCUUCAAUGAUGACGACAUGACACAGGACAGCAUUGUGGAGGAACUGGUGCAGAUGGAGGAGCAGAUGAAGUUGAACAGUGGCCUGCAGUCCUUCAGCAGCUGUGUUGACCUAGCACUGCAGGACCAGUCCACUGUGGUGCAGGGUGCCAUCCUGUCCACUCACCAGGUGGCCAACACCCCCUUCUAUCACUCAGCCCACAGCAGCACCACUCCCACUCACACUCCUACGCCAACUCCAACGCCAACCCCCACCCCCACGUCAGAAUUGAUCGGAGUGUCUGGUCUGACUCGGGAGAGCCCUUGUUCGCGGAUGGCGCCCACCACUCCAGUGGACAGUGCUUUGGGAAGCAGCCGGCACACGCCUAUCGGGACCCCGCACUCAAACUGCAGCAGCAGUGUCCCUCCGAGUCCGGUGGAGUGCAGGAAUCCCUUCGCCUUCACGCCCAUCAACUCCAGUAUGACCGGUUACCAUGACGCCAGCAUAAUCUCCAGCAGCCCCGUCAAGCCCAUGCAGAGGCCCACAGCCACACAUCCAGACAAGGCCAAACUGGACUGGAUGAACAACGGGUACAACAGCGGCUCAGGAGCCUCAACUAUAUCCAACAAUGGCAUUGGCAUCCUUCCCAGCUACCAGGACCUGGUAGAGGACCAUUUUAGGAAGCCCCAUGCCUUUGCUAUUCCCGGGCAGUCUUAUCAGGCCCAGUCCAGGCACCCUGAUGCCCACUUUGGCCGUCUGACUCCCAUAUCCCCAGUGCAGCAGCAGGUCACUGGAGUGACUACCCUCAACAAGCAGGAAGGCUUUGCAGUGCCUGCCCCCUUGGACGGCAAGGCCACAAGCUCCACGACAGGUGGGACCUUCCGUUGCCGCAGCGUCAGCCCUGCUGUCCGGCAGCGAAACCUCAGCGGAAACACGGCCUACUCCAACGUCCCAAGAACAGUGGUUUCCCCCUUCAACUCCCCCGUCACUCCGGAAGUUCUCAACAUCUUCUCCAAUAGCCACCCGGAUGUCAGCGGCAGCACCAUGGCCCAGAGGAGCCAGUCAGUGCCGCUCAAUGUGAUGAUGCAGACGGAGGUGUUGCCCAUGCAGAAGCAGAGUAACAGCAAGAAGAUUACCAAUGUGCUGCUUAGCAAGAUGGACUCGGAUGGUGACGAUGCCGUGCGGGGCCUGGGCAUCAACAACAUGCCCUCCAAUUACACUGCCCGCAUGAACCUCACCCAGAUCCUGGAGACCACCACCACUGGCUUCACCACCACCACUGGUAGUGCCAACCACCAGGCUCUGGGUGACUCCGGCCCUUCUGCCUAUGAGUUCCAGAGGCCGGGUCACCACGUGAAGACUGUCCGAAAUGACCCAUUAGGCUUCGUUUCCGGGGAGGAUCAAGCACAAUCGGGACCCGGAGAACAGCAGUUGGAGCAGGAGCAGGACCUGCAAACACAGCUACAGGACCACCAGGAACAGAGCCAGCCACAGCUGCUGUCUGAGGACCAAGAGCAGCAGCAGCAGCUGGAUUUCAAUAACACUGUCAAGGACCUGUUAGGGGAGGACGGCUUGAACCCCAGUUCCCAACUGGUGGGGCAGGUGGCAUCGGAACUUAAUGCAGUGGCAUCGGAUUUCUCCAGUGACAUCAGACUGACUUCGGAGCUUUCCAGUAGCAUCAAUGACCUUAACACUUUAGACGCAAAUCUACUGUUUGACCCAAAUCGACAGCAGGGACAGUAUGAAGACUCUACACUGGAAGAACUGAAGAAUGAUCCCCUCUUCCAGCAGAUAUGCAGUGAGACUGUCAACUCUGCUAGUUUUGACUGGCUGGAAAGUAAAGACCAGCCCACCGUGGAAAUGUUGGGUUAAUGUUUUUAUACAGUUUUUUUAUUAUUAUUUGUUUCAAUUAAUUUUAUAGUUUGAUGUCUAUAUUAGUUUGUUUUCUGGGAGUAUUUCUCUUUCUCUCUGUCCGUCUCACAUUGUUUUGUAUUGUACAGCACACUGCAACAUGAAUCUGGACAUUUUGACAUUUGUCCAGUGAGAAGUGCCAGCCUGAACUGAAAUGAUCACUCUUGUGAUUUUCUUUCCUUUUCUUUUCUUUCUUCCUGUUGUUUCUUUUGGAAUGCUGCAUUGCAGUGCAUUCUGGGACUGUUGUUUUCCUCCAUUUCUCCUCCUACUGAAAUUGGUAAGAAAUCAUAAUGGAUUGCAGCAGGGUUAUUCAAUUGAGACACUGAGGUAAAUGAGCCUGGUUGAAUUUUCACACUGUCAAUUAUUAGAUGGUGGAGAGUCUUCAUUGGACGACAGACAGCUACACUAUGCGUUUUUAUUUAUUUAUUUUUUUAACGAAAGCUUAAAUAAGGGAUAGUAGGAAUUUUAAAAAAAUUUUUGAAGUCUUCUUUUCACCUUGGUAAGUAAUCUUCACUCCAUUGCCAGAGGUUAUGCUGUUGAACAAAUAAUGCAAUGUUUUUCAAAGGACAAAUCAUUAAGCUGUUUAAGACUGUUUUUCUUGGAGAAAAUUAAUCCUUUCUCAAAAUAAACCUUAGACAUAUGGCAAGAACCUCUUGCUUUGGACAGAUUACCUUUGGACAGAUCGGCAAUGUGAUGCAGUUUUGAAGACUCCCAACAGAUGGAAAACUCUUGCAGUCCAUAUGUACAUUGGGUUCCUAUUGAAUGUUUACCACAGUGUAUCUUUUCACUGAGUAACCAGCAGCAUUCAUGACAUUAUGUGGGCAUUUAUAAUAGCUACUGCUGGUCUUUUUUCUUGCCAUUUCAGGUUGCUCAGAUUGUAGCAGGGUGCUACCAGGUGCUAAAUUAAAACCAGAAAUAGAGAAUCAUAUACCAAAUCAGUGGUAAAACCUUUAAUAUGUUUUAAUUGUCCAAAUGUAAAAUGUAAAGAGAAUACAUAAAGUCUAUAUAAGAAGGGAAGAGAUUGGCUUUUUGUUGUUGUUGUUGUUUUUUUGUUUUUUUUUGGCAAAAAUGUUUGUUAAAUUUAGUUGAAAUAGGAAAUAUCACGUGAGGGAAGAAUGGCAGCUGGCUUUUGUUGGCAGUACUCAACAGUUUUAAUGUCUUAUGUGCAUUUAAGAGAUGGGGAUAUGGCAUUUCAUUUGCAGCUGAAUCGAGGCUUCUGUGAUAUGAGCUUCAAAGACUCGGCAGCUGUUGAAGAAAUGUACUGUGAGAUUUUAUAAAAACUAAGAAAAGUUAAUUAUGUAUUUGCUUACAUUUAUAUUGGGUAAUACAUAAGUGUUUGUUUUCCCCCCUUUUUAUGAAUUAAUGUCGCAUUUGUUCACUUUUUAUAUAUUGUAGUGGUAGCCCUGAAUUGCCUGAGACAAUUCUAGCUUGCUGAAGGAUCAAGCACAUACUUAGAAGGGAAGGAAGGGAUUGGUUUAUUUUGCAUUAUUGUGUUUUGAAACUGUAGUGCACCGGUAUUGCUUUCUUUUUUAAAUUUAAAUUUUAAAACGACACCUAGGGGAAAACACCUUUUUCUCAAUGGAGUUUCAUGAACUUCUAUAAAGUCCAUCCUUAUGAAUGAGAGUAUAAGGCUAUAAAUGGGAGUGUGUAAAAAUUGGUGGAUAAUACAUUUCAUUAUAGGCAGAGGCAGUCUUACUUGUUGUUUACCACGAAUGUCUUUGGUGGUGAAAAAUGUUGAAAGGAGUGAGCAAAAGGUCAGUAUUGUCUAAGUUUUAUUGUUGUUUAUUUUAUUUUUGGUUUGUAACUCUGUGUCUCUUUCUACUUUUGCAAGUCAGGUACCACAGGCAUCCGAGUCAGAUAGCGAAGAGUAAUGUGUAGCCUAUUUUUUUCCAUUUGACCAAUCUGAGUGGUUGAAGUGUUUGCAUGUGAGGUUAUGCUUCAAAUCUGAAUAAGUUUAUCGCUUGUAUUCUUAGUGAGAUUCCACAAUAUCUAGUAGAUAGGUAUGGAUGCAGUGGCUUAUUAAAAAAAACAAUCAAUAUUGUCAGCAGGGAAUUUGCUGAUGGGAGAAAAAACAUAUUUGGGGAAAAGAGGUCCCCAUUUCUUUGCAGUUUAAGUUCAAUGAAAUAUGGAACAUCAACUCCAUAAUUCACUUUCCGCAGAGGGUUUACUGUAUUCUAUUGGGCUUUCAAAAUUUCAGGUCAGAGGUAUCAAACCAAAAAGAAAAAAAAAAACUUUUUUCCAAAAUGUAUAAUUGUCUUCGGUGAGUUCCAUAGGUUGUUUUGAAAUGUUCUGAAAUGUACUGAAGUGAUGCGCAUCUACAUCUAUUAUGACAGAGGACAAAGACGGAAAUAAUGCUUUGUAUUUCCUUUUGCAUCUUUUCUUCUGUUUACGCACAAGCAGAACACGGGUCACCCUGCGUAAACAGUGUUUCACAGCGGGUUGUUGCACGUUUAGAGGUUACCUUUCCCAGGUUAGAAGACGAAAGGAAAAGGAAAUAUGGAGAAAAUCAAGUUUGUAGUUUAGCAGCGCCUCGCGGUGUUUCUGGAGUAUCAGCCUUAUGUGCAUACCAAAGAAAAGCUAUUACGAUAGAGAAGAGAAGAGAAUGAAAUCUGUGAGUAUUGUUAAAUCUGCUUGCCCAGUGACCCCCCCCCCCUACCCUCCCUACAGGCCUCUGUCCUUCACAGCACACUGGUUUGAAGGCUUUUGCAGUUGUGGUAAUUGUGAAGUCCUUUAAUUUUGUCUUGCAGGGGGGAUGGAAAUUGAAAUCAGUGUUCUUUAUUUAUUUCUUUUUUUUUGUUUGUUUUGUUUUUUUUGAUUUUUAUAAAGGCAAUGACUUCUCUUUAGCAUUGGGAACCUUUUAUGGAAAAGCAUGCUAAUAUCCACACUACUGGUGUUUUUAAAAAAAGAUGAUGUAGCAGGAUGUAUUUUGGGUGAAUUUUGUUGACUGUUGUAAUUGCGCUUAACCCUGUUAAAAAAGCUCCAUUUGUAAAUAUAACAGAUCCACUGAAAGAGAUCCAAUCAAUCAAGACAUGUUGUAUUAUGACCAUAAUUGUACAAAACUACAAUUCUGUGCACAUUCACAAAUACUACACUGAGUAUAUUGGAUCUGUAGCCAGUGAGAUAUGCUGUGUUUUCGCUUCUGGCUCCUGUCUUGUACAGAUGAUGAUGUUUGGUUUCUAGCUUUGUGUGGUGUCUAUCGUUUGUUUGCUCUGAAAUGUAUAGAUUUCUGCAUUUGCAGAAGAGAUGUGUACUUUGGGUAAGAACAAUAGCAUGGUUUUUAAGAAAAAAAAAGUAUUAUGAUAUAUUAGCAGGUUGCUUGUCUUUCUGUGACAGAUAUGUUUUGUGCCCAGAACUUUGCAGCAGACACUGGAAAUUUAAAGGUUCAAAGGUUCAAAUUUCAGCAAGCUUUCGGCGGUUCAUGUUAUUGCACUAAACUUUUUAUGAACCAAGGGUUUGGCACCUCUUUUAGGACAAAUGCAACACAAUUGAAGCCCAUAAAAAAUAAAAAUAAAAAAUAUUUUUUAUAAACAGCUUAAAUAAGAUAAAAAAAAUAAAGAAUAAAUGAGAAGUGUCAUAAAAAAUGACAGAUUAAUUGUCUUAUGUAGCAAUGUGCAUUGAUCUCCAUGAGAUAAGUCUUACUCAUUCUCAUACAGGAGAAUAUAAAAUGCGAUUUAAGGAAAAUUUUAAAAACUAAAAAAAAAAUUAUCAAAUUUUCCUUCACCAUGUUGAUAAAUGAUCAUAAACAUGCAUGUGUGUUGAAUUCUAUUGUACAGAGUAUCCUUAGUAACCACUUUCUUUGCUGUAAAAAGGACUGGUUCUGUCAACCAGAAAGGUAUACCUUCUGUCACGACAAGUUACUUGCAUUGUUCGAUGUUUACUAAUUCAGAUUAGUACGUGUUCUAUAUGUUCUGUUUUUGAAUUUAUUUGGUUUAUUUGUGUUUUUUAAAUUAUUUUUUAAGAAAAAUAUACAUCUGUGAAAAGUUCAGUUUUUUCCAUUUUUAUUUUCUCAAGAACAUUAAAAAUAAGCACUGAUGUUUGGACUGAAUGAAGAAAAAAAAAAAAGGCUUUUCUUGUAGUGCACAGGAGCCUCAUCAUGCCCCGCCUCCCUCUGCUGUACCCUUCACUCUCCCAGUAGAAACCCUUCUUUAUACACUCCUCCUCUCCAUUAGACUUGUAGAACCUUCCGCAGUAUCGUUGUUGUCUGGUGUAAAGCGGACCGUACAGUAGUUUGGUAACGUUGCAAUAGCGUUUUGGCAAUGUUCUUUUUUGUUUUGUUCUUUUUCCAUUGAAAAGUGCUCACAGAUGUUGAGAUUUUUUAAGUGGUUUUAAAAACCAAUAAACUUUUUUUAAAAGAA